AUGGUUCAUCUUGGUCCCCGAAAACCCCCGUCCCGAAAGGGCUCAAUGGCAGACGUCCCGCGGGACCUGCUGGAGCAAAUCUCCCAGCUUGAAACCAUCUUCACCGUUUCGCCCGAAAAGCUGCGUCAAAUCACCGACCACUUUGUGUCCGAGCUCGCUAAAGGCCUCACAAAGGAGGGUGGAGAUAUCCCCAUGAACCCCACCUGGAUUCUGGGAUGGCCCACCGGAAAGGAGAGCGGCUGCUAUCUGGCUCUCGACAUGGGUGGCACCAACCUGCGAGUUGUCAAGGUGACUCUGGACGGCGACCGAGGCUUCGACGUCAUGCAGUCCAAGUACCACAUGCCCCCCAACAUCAAGGUCGGCAAGCAAGAGGAGCUGUGGGAGUACAUUGCCGAAUGUCUGGGCAAGUUCUUGGCCGACAAUUAUCCUGAGGCUCUUGAUGCCCAUGAGCGAGGACGAGAUGUCGACAGAACCGCUGCGCAGAGCUUCACUCGAGACAAGUCUCCUCCUCCCCACAACCAGCACAUUUCGUGUUCUCCUGGCUUCGACAUCCACAAGAUUCCUCUCGGUUUCACCUUUUCAUAUCCCUGCUCUCAGCCCGCCGUCAACCGAGGUGUACUGCAGCGAUGGACCAAGGGUUUCGACAUUGAGGGAGUCGAGGGCGAGGACGUGGUCCCCAUGCUGGAAGCUGCCCUCGAAAGAAAGAACAUUCCUAUUUCCAUCACCGCCCUGAUCAACGACACCACCGGAACUAUGGUGGCCUCCAACUACCACGACCCCCAGAUCAAGCUGGGUAACAUCUUUGGUACUGGUGUCAACGCCGCCUACUACGAGAAGGUCAAGGACAUUCCCAAGCUCAAGGGUCUCAUCCCCGACAGCAUUGAUCCCGAGACCCCCAUGGCCGUCAAUUGCGAGUAUGGAGCCUUCGACAAUGAGCACAAGGUUCUCCCUAGAACCAAGUGGGACAUCAUCAUCGAUGAGGAGUCUCCCCGACCCGGUCAGCAGACCUUCGAGAAGAUGAGUGCUGGCUACUACCUGGGAGAAUUGCUUCGUCUGGUUCUUCUGGACCUGUACAAGGACGGGUUUGUGUUCGAGAACCAGGGCAAGAACGGUCAGGAGCUUGGAAACGGCAACAUCAACAAGUCGUAUUUCUUCGACACCUCUUUCCUGUCUCUGAUUGAGGAGGAUCCCUGGGAGAACUUGACUGAUGUCGAGAUUCUCUUCAAGGAGAAGCUUGGUAUUAACACCACUGAGCCCGAGCGAAAGCUCAUUCGUCGACUGGCCGAGCUCAUUGGUACUCGAUCCGCUCGAAUCUCUGCCUGUGGUGUCGCUGCCAUCUGUAAGAAGGCUGGCUACAAGGAGGCUCACGCUGGAGCUGACGGAUCCGUGUUCAACAAGUACCCCGGAUUCAAGGAGCGAGGCGCCCAGGCUCUCAACGAGAUUUUUGAGUGGAACCUGCCCAACCCUAAGGACCACCCCAUCAAAAUCGUUCCCGCUGAGGAUGGUAGCGGUGUUGGAGCUGCUCUGUGCGCUGCUCUCACCAUCAAGCGAGUCAAGCAGGGUCUUCCCGUUGGUGUCAAGCCCGGUGUCAAGUACGAUAUUUAG